AUGAACAAGGAGAUGAUACAGCACAGAGCCUACAACCAGAAAGUGGAUGUGUAUAGUUUUGGGAUCGUGCUGUGGGAGUUAAUCACGGGACAGCUGCCGUUCCAGAACAUGACAACAGUACAGGCUACGUUUGCGGUUGUGAACCGAGGAGUGCGUCCAACGGUCCCAAACGACUGUCUCCCGGUGCUGAGUGAGAUCAUGACUCGAUGCGAGGAUGGUAACGCGGAAGUGCGUCCGAGUUUCGUUGAGGUUGUGAGUAUGCUUGAAGCUGCGGAAACAUGGAUAAUGACGACAGCUAGAAAAUCCCGUUUCAGAUGUUGCAUGAGUCAGCCAAUGACUAUCGACUAA